AUGUCCAGCUCAGACGACGAUUUUGACGAUGAUAAUGAUGAUGUUUUAUUACAAGAUUUUCUACUUGGAAAAACACAGAUACCAGAAAACCCCACCAUUCUGCAAACCCAAAAUCCAAUUCCAGUUAAGAUUCCCCAAAUACAGCAAGCAAACACGCAAGCGAAGAAGGAAACGAUUCUAGAUGAUGAAGUACAAGCAAAAUUAUUCCAAGCUGACGGAGAGAUAGCAACCUUGCGUGCUCAAUUGCAACAAUUGCAAAGACAGAAACAGGAGGAAGUCUCAGCUCUAAAAGAAUCCUUUAAUACAUUUAAAGAAUCUAGUGAAAAUCAAUUAUCAAUAUUAAAGAAUGCAGUCCAGACACUUGAAGAUGAAAAGAAGUUUUUAAACAAUGAGUUGAUAUCGAAAACUGCUAUUAAAAAAAGAAAGACAGAAUCGCUAAACAAAACAACAACGUCCACUUCAGCAAAUGAAGCAAAGUAUUUACAACAAAAAUCAUUGAAGGAAUCCGUAACUGAAAAAACUGGUACAGCUGACUCUUUAAUUUUAGCCCAAGAUGGGAGUCAAGGUAAACCAAUCCAAAAAGUUAUCAGGUUACUGAGUGACUCAUCACUACUUAUAGAUCAACUUUGGAAUCAUUCUAUAGUUGGAAGCAAAAGAACAUCAUUUGAAUACUUGAAUAAAAUAUGCAUUGAUUUUGAUUUGGAAUUGAAUUCUGGGUUGAAAAUUGUGAAACGUACCUCGCUUUCAUCAAGUAUUGUUGAGUUUUUAAUGAUGAACAAAAAUAACAGAUUAGAUAAGCUCAUUGAAAUUUUUACCAUAUCAACAAUUCAAUUAGUUGAAAGACUAUUACAAAAGAAGUACAUUCUUGCAAUACCAUUCAUUUUGUCUUUGAUUGAUUGCGCUCUAUCUUUCCGGCCAGCAGCACUUACAAAAUCGUUGAUUGUGCUAUUAUUGAAAAGAGUAUCAAAAAUAACAGAGAGUCUAUUGUUUUUGUUGAAUUCCAAUCUUGAUGAAGAUGAUUUAGUCAAUUAUCAUGAUGUUCCAUAUCAGGUGAUGGUAUUAGAGAAAUUCAUUUUUUUAGAAUGUUUGGAUUUGAUCGAAAGGUUGGUGACUUUAACUACAACAUUUGAUAUUGAGUUUAUCAAAACAGUAUGGCACAACCCCAUUUUGCCACAAAACAUAAUAACUUCAUGUCUUCCAGAUAAUUCAGAGAGAUUCAGAAAUACUGCUCAAAUAAAUGUGGUAUUCAAUAUUGUGGAGUUGCUUGUUGCUUCAGUCACUGAAGAGACAUUUGCAUACAAUGAUACGAAUUUAGAUGAAAAAUUGAUUCUAUCAUUACUCAAAGUAUUCCUAAUAGAUAUCCCUGUGCGAGAAGAGUUUAUGUUUUAUGGAUUGAAUAGAAUCUUGGGGAAUAAUUGUGAUUUUCUUAAAAUUGAUAGUGUUAUCCCUAAAGAUCACGAUCAUUUGAAUAAUUAUUUGAUCGUAAUCCCACAACCAAUUCCAUUCGAUAUUGAAACUCCACAACAAUUUCGAAUUAAUAUGAACCAUGAAUAUCAUUUAUUGAUUCUUCGACUUAAGAUUGCUGAGCUUUUUUUGUCUUUAAUUAUCACUAAACAAACUUUUGAUUUCUUAUACAACAAAGAACAUUUCAAGUCGUUGAUACGAGUUAUUGGAUUUGAACAGAACCAUAUUGCACAAUCACCUAGAUCCAAGCAUGUGUAUUUACGAUUACAAUUGAUUAGCAUGUUAGUGAAAAUUAUUGAUUAUCUUACACAAGAUUUACGUGAUGCCAGUGAACUAAUAUAUAGUGAGUUGAUGUAUGAGAUUUUUGUUGUAUUCCUGAGAAUAGCUUUUGGCGCCGAUUCAUUGUCAAUAGAUGCACAUAAAUUAUUGGUUAAAAUCAGAAAUCGACCAGGUGGUAAAAGUUUGCCUGUUUUUAACAAAUGGUGUGAGACAAGAGCAAGACAGUUGAAUCAUGUAUCAUUACUGGACUUCAAAGUCGAGGUUGUUGCUAAUGUAGAAAGUGAUUUUGCCAAUGGAUUAGAGUUUCCAUAUGAAUCAGAAACAGUCGAGCUAGCAAGAAAUAUAUUGAAUCGAUUUGUGGAUCAUGAUGAAGCGGAGAAUUUGUAUGUCAAUAUGAAUGCUGAAGACCCGCAUGAUUCAGAUGAUGAAGGCGAAAUGGACUUGACAUGA